AUGAAUUCGACAGAAAACAUCGUCGUGUCAGAGUACAACGUGCCGAUGCAUUGCAACGCCUGCGAAAGAACGGUAGCGAAAACCAUUUCCAAGAUCAAAGGGGUCGAGAAGUUUGUCACGGACAUGAACCAUAACAAAGUGGUCGUGACAGGGAGGUUCGAUCCGCAGAAAGUGCUAAAGAGGCUGAAGAAGAAGCGAGGGAAGAAAGUCGAACUUGUCGAGAAACAAGACGACGACGAAAAGGGCAAAAAUGUAAAUGGCGCGGAUUCGUCGCUCGAUAGAUACUUUUACGGAGAGAGCGAAAUGCACAUGAUGUUUAAUGAUGAGAAUGCGAACGCUUGUUCAAUAAUGUGA